AUGCCUUUCACAACUCCUGCACCUUCUAACAAGAGGAAGGCCAACAAGAUCAUCACUGACCUGUCCAACGUCACCCAGAAUGAUGAUGAGUCAGACCCCGAGGCCUCCGAGCUCGACCUGGGCACCAAGAUCAAGACGCCCAAGGACGUGAUGCUGGAGGAGCUCUCCCUGCUCAAGAACAAGGGCUCCAAGAUGUUCAAGAUGAGGCAGCAGAGAGUUGAGAAGUUCAUUGUGACCAACGAGAACAAACAGAACCUCGAGAACCUGCUGAUGUCCCCUCCCCCUAUUCCACCAAAGCCUGAGAUGCCAAAGGAGGAAGUGGCGGAGGAGACAGUGGACGAGGAGGCGGAGAAGGAGAAGAGGAGGGCGGAGUAUGUACGCACCUAUGUAUCGCCGUGGGAACGGGCCAUGAAGGGCAACGAGGAGCUGACAGCCACCAUGAAGUCCUGCAUGCCGGGACCCAUCAAGAUGCACGCAGACCUGCCUCUGUACAAGAGCUUCAACAGGACGGCGCUGCCGUACGGCGGCUACGACAAGCCGCCUAAGAUGCUGACCUUUGAACUCCCGGAGCUCACCAUUGCCAGUGAGGAGCCGGAGCCUCUGCCCAGCCUGCAGGCCGACAUCCGCUCACGCCCCUCGUUCAACCGCACGCCCAUCGGCUGGGUCUGCAGUGAGGAGAACUCGAACAUCCACAUGGACCUGGACAACAUCCCCUUUGACGGAGAGACCGAUGACCUGUGA